UUCCAAGAGCACGAGGUGAUGUUUCCAUUUAUGGUUUGACACUACGAUGACUUGUAGGCAGAUGGGUUGGUAGCGAACCACACCUGUGGUUGUGAUAUAGUUUCUGUUUAUUUGUUUCUUUUUUUUCUUCACUUUUGUCUUAAAGAAUUUUCAGUUUAUGAUUUUAAUUUGAUCGGUUCACUUUAUUUUUGAAACGAAUCAUGUCAGGCUUUCAUACUAAAACAAUCGAAAGUAUACUUGAACCAGUUGCACAACAAGUCUCUCGCCUUGUUAUAUUGCAUGAAGAAGCUGAAGAUGGAAAUGCAAUGCCAGAUUUGUCAAGGCCUGUCCAAGGUGUCAGUAAAGCAGUGGUCAAUCUUGUUAAGGUUGGAAAAGAAACUGUUCAGUCUAGUGAUGAUCCCAUCUUGAGACAGGAUAUGCCCACUGCUUUACAUAGACUAGAGAAAGCCUCCAAGCUGUUAGAAGAAGCUUCUGCAUUAUUUGCAAAAGACCCAUAUUCACAGCCUGCAAGAAAAAAAUUGAUCCAAGGAGCUAAAGGUAUUAUGCAAGAUACAUACUCUGUUCUUCUGGCUUUUGAUGAAUCAGAAGUGCGUAAAAUCAUUGGAGAGUGCAAAAAAGUUCUAGACUAUUUAGCAGUUGCUGAGGUCAUAGAAAAUAUGACUGACUUAGUACAGUUUGUUAAAGAUCUGAGUCCAUGCUUAACAAAAGUAUCAAGAGAAGUAGAUGCCCGUGAAAAAGAGCUUGUUCAUCAAGCACAUCGGGAUAUUUUGGUUCGAUCGUUGGAAUCUGUGAAAUCGCUGUCACCAAUUUUAAUAUGCAGUAUGAAAAUAUUUGUUCAAAUUCUAAGCCAAGGUGGCAAAGGAGUUGAAGAUGCUGCAGAAAAUCGCAAUUAUCUUGCUGUUCGUAUGUCAGAUGAGAUUAAUGAAAUAAUAAGAGUUUUGUUGUUAACCAAUUACGACGAGGAAGCAUGGGAUGCAGACAACUUGACUGUGAUGAAAAAAGCUUUAAAUGCUAUUGAUGGAAAAUUAGCAACUGCUCAUGAUUUUCUCGAAGACCCAAAUACUGUGGUUGGUGGCGUUGGUGAAAAAUCAAUGAGAUAUAUAUUAGAUUAUGCAAAGCGCAUUGCUGAUAGAUGUCUUCCCCCUGACAGCCAAGCAAUUCAUAAAAUGUGUGGUGACAUUACAGCCAUGACUAAUGCUUUGUGUGAACUAAGAACAGAUGGAAAGGGAUCAUCUGCCCCAGCAGAAGCACUGUCAAGAGGUAUUAGUCAAAAACUGAGGGAAUUAAUUGGCCUUGUUAGUCAAGGAAUCACCAAUGUUGAAAGAAACAGCAUUCAACAGCCAGCACAUACUUUGACAGGCCGUAUGGAACAAGCCCGCACAUGGCUCAAUAAUCCCUCAUUAAAUGAUAAAGGUCUUGGGUUCCAAGCAGUUCAAUCAAUAAUUGAUGAUGCAAGAAAAAUUGCAAAUUCGAAUAACUGUCCAUUAGUUGAACAACUUGCCAUACAAAAGCUGUGUUCAGAAACGGAAAAUCUAGCUAGACAACUAUCUGAUAUGUGUCGCCAUGGUCAGGGUAACAGUUAUGAAGCCUUAACUAUUGCACAGGCCAUUUCUGGGAAACUCCAAACACUAAAAUCCAAAGUUCAAGAAACAAUCUGCAGAAAAGUUGUCAAAGAUUUCAUUGAUAUUUCAACUCCCCUAAAGCAGUUUACUGAUGCUGUACUUAGUCCAGAAGGUACUCCAAAUCGGGAACUUAAUUUCAUUGAUAAGGCCGGUGUGCUUACCAAUAUAUCUCAAUUGAUGUCUAAUACAGCUCGAAGUGUUGCUACAGGAGGAUCUGCCAAUAAGAAACUUGCAGAAAUGCUUUUAAGCUCUGCCAAUCAAGUUGAAAGUUUGACACCUCAACUAGUAAAUGCUGGCCGUAUCCGCAUGUCUUAUCCAGAUAAUAAAGCAGCUGAUGAUCACUUUGAGAACCUUAGAAGGCAAUAUUCUGAAAGUGUGCACAAGAUGAGAGCUCUUGCAGAUGAAGCAACAGAUACCUUAAGUUUUAUAAAAAUGUCAGAGGAUAGCAUUCUGAAGCACACUCAAGCAUGUGAAGAUUCCAUUGCUAACCAUGACCCUCAAAAAAUGGUAGAGAAUACUUCAUCCAUAGCUCGACUGGCUAAUAGAGUCUUAAUGGUAGCUAAGCAAGAAUCAGAUAAUUCAGAAGAUCCAUUCUUUGUUGCUAGAGUAAAUGAAGCUGCAGAAAUAUUGCAAUCUACUGUUACUCCCAUGGUACAAGAUGCUAAAAUGGUUGCACUUAAUAUACAUGAUGCCAAAGCUGUUAAUUGUUGGAGAACUAGUAAUAAAGCACUGAUAGCUGCAGUUGGACAAGUGCAUUAUGCUGUUAUGGCUACACCAGAUUUUCCCCCUGACAUUCCACCUCCUCCUGACAUGAACAUGUUGAAUCUUAAUGAACGCCGUACAGAUUUGAAAUUACCUGAUUUUGAGCAAAUUUUCAAAGUUGAGACAAAUACAUUCUCAACUGAUGCUGCUCCUAAGCUUCCUUCUAAAAGAGAUGAAGCACCUCCUAGACCACCUCUACCUGCUUCAGAAGACGCGUUUCCACCUCCUCGCCCACCACCACCUGAAACAGAUGAUGAAGAUUUUGAAGUUCAGUUCCCUGUUAUUCAACCAAAUCAACCAAUCAUGGUUGCUGCCCGUGGUCUUCAUGAAGAAGUUAGGCAGUAUUCAAGCAAAGAUAAUGAGCUAAUUGCUGCUGCAAAGAAAAUGGCAUUGCUUAUGGGAAAAUUGUCACAACUUACACAAGGAGAUGGGGGCUCAAAAAGGGAAUUGAUAGCUUGUGCAAAAGAUAUAGCUGAAGCUUCCAAAGAAGUUACUCGUCUUGCUAAAGAAUUGGCUAGAAUGUGUACUGAUAAGAGGAUGAGAACGAACAUCUUGCAAGUAUGUGAACGUAUCCCUACGAUUGGUACUCAGCUCCGAAUUUUAUCAACUGUUAAAGCCACUAUGCUUGCUGGACAGGGAACGGAUGAAGAUUUAGAAGCUACAGAAAUGUUAGUUGGAAAUGCACAAAACUUAAUGCAGUCUGUAAAAGAAACAGUCCGUGCCUGUGAAGCUGCAUCUAUAAAAAUUCGCACUGAUUCUGGAAUACGGGUUCGUUGGAUCAGGAAACAGCCAUGGUAUCAAUAUUAAAAUGCCAUUGUUUAUUUACCUUUAUAUAUUUUUCAAAUAAAUUCACUUAAUGAACUCUUUUAACUGAAAUUAAACAUUGCCUUAAGUUGAUACUUUUACUAGCUUUGCCAUUUUACUUUGCAUUUAUUUGGUAGUGUUCGUCUUUUGCAUUGUGUUGAAUUAUUCUAUAUUUAUUGGCAGCUUUAUAAAAAGAAAAAUAACUUUUAUUCUACUUGACAACAAAAUCAGCAAAAACUUAGUAUUUUGUGUAUUUUAUGUGCAAAAAUGUUUCAUGAUAAAAAAACUGACAACAUUAUUUGGAAAUGUUAUAAUUAAUUAUUAGCAAAAGCUUGUAAAUCUGAAACAUUUUGCUCAUAAAAAUUUUAAAAUGAUCAAAUAUGUACGUAACUUAAGUAAGAAGAAAACCAUAUUGUAAAUUUCUUAAAAAAGGAAAUUAUAUAUUAGGAUGUUAAAAUAGGGAUUUAUAUUAUAGUUUUUUAUAUUAUAUUUUCUUAUUAACAUGUUCUAACUAUUUUUAAUGUAAUUUAUCAUUUAUAAAUUUUUUUCUGAGCUGUAAUGGCUCAGUGGUUAAUGCACAUAACUGUCAUUUUACUUCCAUAUACUGAGAAUCAAUCCUCAGUGGCAGCUUAAAACCCACCCAACUUUAGAUAGACAGGUACUAGCUUGUUUGGAAAGUAAAAGUGGUCUGUUUGCAAUGCUGCUUACAUUUCCACCAUCAUGCUGUUGGUUGUGAAAUUGAAUAGCCCUAUCCUCCAUGAUCUCUCUGGUCUAUAACAGGCUGUUGCAGAAAGGCUUUACUUAAGAUGCUAAUAGUCUUUCCUUGUUUGUUUUUUUUCUCUUCGCAUUUUAUAAAAGUGAAAUUGACUUUUAAUCAUUGAACAUUGCUGAAAUAUCUAAAAAAAACAUAUCAUUUCUUUGUGCACGUUUAAUACAUGAAAAAAAUGAGAAUAUGUGGGUUAUAUGAGUUACAAAGAGACCAAGUUAAACCCCACUUCUUUAUCAAAAUUGAGAAAAACGAGUUAAAAUUGUGAACAACAGAAAUAAAAAUAUUUUUGCUUAGGACAUAAAUGAAAAAAAUCAGUGAUUUUAUGUGUUGCAAAGGCAUACAGAACAAACUGUGAAUAAGUUCAUGUUGCUCAUCAUCUAUAAAUUAUUGUUCUUUCUAACAUAUUAUCUCUCUACUAUACGUCUUAAAAAAUUGACUAAUGUAAUGAUGCAGAAAAGAGAUAGAGUUUUUUCCCAUUCAAAAUUUGUCAUAUUGUUAAAUUGUAAAAAUUUGACUAUCUAAUUCAUGUUUUAGUAAAUAAAAUGUUUAGAAGUAAAAUUUUAUCAAAGAAAAUGUAGAUGUAUAUUAGGAAGGAAAAAUAGGCUACUUUGAAUAAUAAUUCUUCUGCAACAAAUCAGAAUUUUUUAGCCAUUUAUGGAUGACGCCAUGCUGUCUUAUACUUACCAGAUGAUAAUACUGAUGAAAAUAAAAAGAAUCAUCAGAAAAAUGCAGAAAAAAAGUACUUGAAGAUGGUUGAGAAGAGUCAAAAUCUUUUCUUUCUGAUAGAAUAGAAAGAAAAAGAAAGAAUAAAUAGAUAUUGAAUUUUAUUUGGUUAUAGCUGAGCCAGAAAUCUCAACAAAAAAAAAGAAAUUGCUCAAGAAGAAUGCUGGUAUGCAGUUCUGUCUGCAAAUACACUCGUUCAAAGACCACAUUGCAAUACUUAUGUCUGACUGGUGCUUCAAGCUAUUUUGCUAACUAUGGUAAUUUAUUUUGACAAUAAAUAUUUUUUAAUUUUAUGCUCUUUGUAAUUAGUACAAGUAUACUCCCCUGAAUAUUAUAUGUAAAUAAUUUUUGCCAAAUAUAAGGGUCUUGGAUACCUGAAAUUGAGGUACUUGGAUUCAUGCAACACUUGAUGAUAAAUUGGAUUUUUAGUUAAAAUGGUAGCUACUUAUAUCUGGAAUUACUACCAUAUUUAUUAUUGAUAUCUGCCAAUGAAUAUCUAAUAAUUCAGGAGAAUGUUUGUGCUGUACUUAUUGUUAGAUCUGCUUAGUUUAGUGCUUUUUGUCUGUGCAAUGUGUUAUGGAAUUCAUUGUUUAUAGCUCUACUGUUACUGCAAGGUUGUGUUUAUGCAAAAUAUUUCUUGUUUUUAUUAGAAUUUUUUUGUUUUGAGUAGAAUUUUAAAAUAUACAUUUAGAAUUUCACUUUUAUUUUGUUGUUACGUAAGUAAGUCACUUUUUAUUAACGUAAGCUAAUAGAUGGAUGUUAUUUUAUUCUGGUUUUGUUUAGUUAUUUUACAAAUAUUUACAAAAAAUAACUCUUACAAUCAAUUAGUUGAUUGCAUGUACAAAAAUUUGUUUUGAAAUAAGAAUAUUAAUAAAAGUUAAUUAAUGCGGGAUUCUAUCAAGAUGAAUCAUUAAAGUAUGAUAAAAAGUUUGUUUAUUUUUAGCUUGUAUGUCAUAGUCUAUGAUGUAUGUCAAUAUUAUAGCUUUAGGCUUUUUCUUUUAAUUUCUAUGCUUUGCAAUAAAUACAACAAAAAUAUUAGAGCUUAUUAUCUUUUUUUAACGUAAUAUGCAAUUAAAAAUAUGUUGAUUAUAGUUAAAUAUCGAUUUCAUUCAUGGCAACCAUUUUACUACAGUAGCCAAUUGCCUAUAUUUUUAGCUAUCCAGUACUAUAUUUAUCGAAACAAAAUACUGUGUACAGUAGCAAAACUAAUGUGUGUAAUAGAUAUUUAACUGUUCUAAACAAUGAUGACUUUUUUUAUUUAUAUUUAAUGUUUUAAUUUGAGAAUUUACUGCUUAUCUGAAAAUAUAAACUAUGGAGUAAAAGACUUAAUGUGAGAGAUGAUAUAUGUACUGUAAAGUGCUGCUAGAAAGUUUGGAAAGUGCUCUUAUAUAAAAUAGAAACAGGUGUAAUGAUGGUAUGUACUUAUUAAAUAAGCCCUCAAGCAUAUAUAUGCUUAUUUUAUUAUUAAAUAAUGAGUUUAUUUCUUUACUAUCAUAUGAAGAAAAAUAUUUUUUUGUCCAUUUUCAAUGAAAAAAGUUUCAUUUUAAAUUAUUUCAAAUGAUCUCUAUUAUUGGUAAUGAAAGAUAAAAACAAUUUUUGUGUUAUGCAAUUAACAUUUUUUUGUUUAUUAAAUCAGAGUUCUUUAAUCUUAAGAAUAGUAUAUAUUUAGUUGGGAAAAAUUACACUUCAUUUAACAUAUAAAUAUUUCUUAUAACCAAAUCCUAUACAUUUAACCAUUUUGUGUAUUUUGCAUUAACAUUGUUAAAUUUGCAAAUUGUUGUGUUGCACAAGAAUUCUGAGAGUUAAUAAGCAUUUUAUUUUUAUGCAAUUGCUGAUUUAUUGGGAUAAUUUGAAAUAAAAGAAUUUUUUGCCCUCCAAAACUUAUUCCUUUCAUAAAUAAGUUACUUUUAAUAAACAAUAUUUAUGAAUUAAAAAAUAUUUUUGUAAUUAAAAUUAUUGAAGAUGAAUUAUUUUGGUCAUUCAACUAUAUUUAUACAUCUGCAUUUGUCUUAUCUUUUUUGGAAUGCUGUGAUAUUUCUAAUGCAUAUUUUGGUUAUAUAAACUUAUUUCCUGUUGAAUUGUUGUUGCAGAUAUUAUAAUAGUAUUGUUUAUCAAAAACUGCUAAACCUUGAAAAACGUUGAAUUUAUUUGUAAUGUGGCAAAAUCUAUAUAGGGGAUGGUAAGAACUGGUUCCCAGUAGAUCACCAAAGUCAAGCUUCACUGGUAGCGGUCAGUGAGCGGGUGAUUGUCCACUUUGAUCAGCAUGCAAAGAAACCAAGGGUGUGUGGUAUUGGUCCUCAUUAAACUAUUCUAUUGUAAAAUGCUUAAAUUAGCACACAAAUUAUCAAGCUACCAAAGCAGGGGUGCCAUUCCCUCUUCAAGGGAUCAAAAUUGGGAUGGCAUGUCUUUGGAUCAUUCGCAGGGAUGUUUACCAGACCGUCAAAAAUAGCCAGUUGUGCAGCUCUAGUGUGGCGUAAACAAAGUGCCACUGCUACUGCAUAUUAUUGCAAAAUAUUGGAACCUUAGUUGAUACUAUUUUUACAUGAUAAGUAGAACAAUUUAAUCAAUUUUCUAAAUGGUAAAAAAGAUUAAGGUUUUAAUAAAAAUAUUACCAUUCUAAAUUUCCUUGAUAAUUCAAAAUAGCAUCAUAUAAAACUCAUGGUAAAAAGUUUAGAUUUUUAUUCUUUAAAAAAAAAAGCACUUCACUAACACAAAACCCGUGUUUAAAAAUUAACCACUUAUAAAUCAGUAAAAAUACUAACGAUCUUAGAAUUCCUAUGAAAAAUAGAAGCCAUUAUGAGAAAGAAAGUUCAGUAGUAGUCUUUGAUCUGCAUCUGCAGUUUCCAACUAACUGUUUCUUGUGUUAACAACUCAUGAUAAACUACGUUAACCUGAAGCAUAUCUUUCAAGGCCAAUAUUUGCAAGACAUGUUCAGAAAAUUCUUAUGAUAAAAGUUUUUUUUUUUUUUUGCUAAACGCCAAACAUUUUCUCUAGAGCCAGUUUUUGGCCAAAAGGUUAAAGCUCUACUAUUUAGAGACCAAUGGUAUGAUCGAAAAGAUAAUAUUGAAACUCCGGAAAUGUUUAUGAAAAAUAGACCCAGUGGAAAGAUUAAUAUUUUUAAUACGAAAAAUAUUGUUCAAUAAUAUAUUGUUAUAAAAAUAUUAAAGCAAAUUAGUGUAUUAUAUAUAUUUUGGUUAAUAUGUAACCUAUCAACUUAUAAUGCUUUAUUAAUAAUUUUGUCAAUUGUUGGAAAGAAAUCUAUAUUAUCUGCAACAACUAAAUAAAUAUUUAUCUAUCAUUAUUUUUUAUAUUCCAAAUAUGCAUUAUUUUAUGUAGUGUCUUAUAAAGUAAUGGUCAUGGUAAUAUUUGUUUAAAAGUGUUUGAAAUUUUAGAGUUAUAUCUUAAAGGUUGUGAUAUUAAAUUCCAUGUGUAAUUCUUGGUGUUAUGAAAUAUUUAUGAUAAUUAUUACAUUUGUGAAUGGUUUUAAAAUACUAUAAUUCACAUUAUUUAUGUUCUUUCAACUAUCAAAGUAACUCUGUUUGACUUCAGAACUGCUUAUAUUAGUGUGCCUAUGCGAAAGCCAAAUAAUUUCUUGAUUCUGAAGAUCUUGUAAAGUAUUCUCACUGAAAAUGUUGUACUUUAAAUAGCACUUAAGGAAUGAGCUUACUUCUAUGUAUAUUGUGCAUAUAUCUAAUAAUUGAAGUAAUUAGGACAUAUAUAUAUAAAAGCAUAAUUUUGUCCAUUUCAGAAUUUAUUUUUUCAAUCUGUUUACAUCAAAGUUACUAAUGCAUUAAACAUGCUUUUGUUUCUUUUCCUGUCAUUCAUCUAAUCAUAAUCUACAUUAGGUUAAUAGAAAUAAUAUUUAGUUUAAUUACAACUUUUCCAAAAUAUUAAAAUUUUUUGCAUGAAUUUCAUCUUACUUAAAGGAAAUAAUUUCUUAAAACUCUUGGCUAUAAUUUCGAUCUUUAACUUUUUUAGUUGUGAGUUUUACUCUUAUUUAUAAUAGUUAUCUAUAAAAAUCUCAAAUAAAAAUUAUCAGUGAUAAAGUUAACAAGAGAGUUACAGCUUGUGUAUUUAUCGGGAUUAUUUUAUUAUCUUAAAAUAUACAAAAUUGAAAAUUCCUUAUCAAAAUAUGAUUCUUAACUUCAUGAGACAAGCACGAUUAGAGGAUAAGACCCAUAUUUAAAGUCGAAAAAUGUAUACUCAGUUGAAGAGAAACAAAGAAUUGUUUCUUUUAUAAUGUUUUCCAAAUUGCAAACAAAAAAAAAUUAAUCAAUUAGCUGAAUAGUUGUAUGCAAAUUUUAUCUUACUUUAUAUGGUAUUUAUUUUUAAGAAAAUAUUCAAUCUUUUUUUCCUUUUGUCAGAUAAUAGGUAAUCUAAUUAUGUUGCUUUUUAAUAUCAAAAUUGCUUCAAACAACUAACAUCAUUCUUUUGUUCAUAUUUUUUAUUGUUAAAUAAAAAAAAUAUUUGCUCUUG